CGAAGCCCCCCCCCACAGGGCUAUUUGGAGAUUGGGAUCCCCUCAAGGACACAAGGUGGAAUAGUGUUUAAAUAUGUUGACCUCGUCGUGUUCCAUGAAUUCUGUUCCUUUUCAAGACGUGGCACUGAAAGCCUAUAGUAAGUGGAAUAUUCACAGUCUAGCCAGUUCCGAAAUCUCAGGAAGGAAGAAGAGCAAGGGAAUCAAAUCAAACUUUUAUGGAAUUGAAGUCUUGGAGCAUCUGGAAUGGCUGAACUGGGACCUGGGGAUAGCAUCCACCAAACAUCUAGUAUUAAAGAAUGUCCAGUUCAAAACUCAAAAACUCAAGUACAGACCUCCAUCCACUGAAUUUUUCACUACGCUGUUCCCACAGCCAGUGGCCUUGGGUGCAGGGACCUCAUACUCUCUGCCAAUCACUUUUUGUGGUCUUGAGAAGAAAGACUAUGAGGAUCGCAUUGUGUUUGAGUCGAAAAAUGGGUCAUUUACUGUUCGCCUGCUUGCUUCUCUGCCCUCCCAUGACCUGCAGAUCCCUGGAUUGGUAGUCUUGCCAGCCUGUGGAGUCUUCGAAAGCUCAGAGUCCACAUUUUACUUGCACAACAAAAGUCAGCUAUCAACACGCUUCCAUUUGGAAGUGCCCAGCCCAUUCUUCCUAGUACCAUCUAGUGGCAUACUGCCACCAUGGGAUGACUACAAGAUCAAGGUUAUGUUCCAGCCCCAGGUCCCUAAAUUCUUUGAUGCGGUUGCCACCUGCAAGUUUGGAGAUGAUGAAUCUGAGAAAUACAUGAAGCUGCAAGCUUUAGCCAAGUACCCUCAUCUUUUGGUGAGUGAGAAAGGUGAAAUGUCCCAGACAUCUGGGCAGGAGGAUACAAAGAGCAUCCUAAACUUUGGGCACGUUGCUAUUGGCAGCACAGCUGAGAGGUAUAUGGAGAUUCAUAACUACUCGACGGUGAACACUUCGUUUCGAAUCAUGCAAUUUGGGCGCCCUGCACCUUUUCAUUCUGAAUUCACGUGUGAGGUCAGGGAGGGCACUGUCCAAGCCAACAGCAGUUACCAGAUCCUCAUCAUGUUCACGCCACAGACAGUUGGCACUCAGAGCGUCGAUUACUUCCACGUGACACGGCCCUGCAACAGCUCUACGUCAGUGCUGAAGGUGAUCGGAUCAUGCAAAGGUCCGGUGGUGUCGCUUGCAGACCUGAAGCUGACUUUCGGUUGCGUGUUCCUUGGCGAGACAGUGACUUACGCUACCGAAAUCAGUAACACGUCGGAUGUACCAACCUUUUACCAAUUUGAAAUUGAUUGCAGCCAGAGCGUGUUUGUCAUUGAUCAGCCAUGUGGUGUUCUGGGAGGGGAGUCCACGCAGAGGCUAAGGGUGACAUUCCGACCCUCCCAUCCCAUAAACUACUACAGAAGGGUGGCUUGCCUCAUCCACCAUCAGGACCCUUUGUUCCUGGAUUUAAUCGGUACUUGCCACUCAGACCAGACGAUGCCAGCGAUUCUGAAAUUCAAACACAUCGAACUGUACCAUACCAACAUGGUACGUGGACUCACAUUCUACCCACCUGACAUACUGAGUAUGAUGUUGCAGGAAAGCAAGCUGCAGCUUGAAUCUGAUGGCACCCUGAUGCUGGCUCCUGAGCAAUGUUGCAUGACUGCAGAGAAUGACAACGAGGACUGUACAAAGGCUCCAGUAUUGUUCCCCAAUAUUCCUUCAAUUGUUGAGUAUUUUGAUGAUGGUAUCCAAAGCGAUGUUACCAUGUUUCCACCUCACGUCUCAGUCAACGAAAGGGCGUUAGAUUUUGGCAAGUGCCUGGAACUCGACCAGAUCGCUCCUCUGCCCCUCUGUAUGAUGAACCACACGAAAGGCAAGGUCACCGUCGUCUGGACGUCAACACCAGGCAGCAUCUUCACCGUGAUACCUCAGACCAUUGACAUCCCCCCCUUAAAGAAUAUGGCUUUUCGCGUCCACUUUGCUCCUGAUAAGCUCAGCAUGCUAUAUGCUGCUGAACUGGAAUGCUUUGCUUAUUAUAAGGUCAUGCGUGAUCACCGUUUUGUAGAUGACAACACAUUCUGUCCACCAUGGUCCCUCACAGUAAACGUGCAAGGGAACACGUUCCAGCCAGGACAUGAACAUUUCGUUCCCAAAUACAUCCUCGACUCUUCUGAAGUAGUGUUGCCAGGAGUGAAUGAGAAAGGAACAGUCUACAAGACCCUGCUGCUCAAGAAUACAGGGAACAUGCUCAUCGCCUUUUCUGUGGAUACACAGCAUGAAACUGCCAUCAAAAUCAAACCAACUAGAAGUUUUGUGCUCCCUCAAGCUUAUCAGAUAUUGACAUUGAGAGGAAGCCCCCAGAAUGAGAGCCUUACCAAACACACACUGCUGUUACACCUGAAUGCCUCAGAGAAAUACUCUCAGGAGAUUAGGUUGUACUCCACUGUAGAAAAGCCGCUAUUGACUCUGGAUGGAAAUGGGUAUCUGUACUUUAAGCCGACAUGUGUAGGCACCUUAUCAGAACGAUCCUAUCUCAUUAAGAAUGUGUCUCGGAUGCCGCUGUAUUUUCAGUGGAAGAUAUCGGCAGCUCAAUCCAAGGUCCUGUCUGUCAAACCAGUCUUUGGAAUCAUCCAGGCCAAUGAAUCACUGGCACAGACUUGGUCUUUCUAUCCACAAGAACAUCGGAAGUAUUUCCUGAAACCUGACAUUUUCUUAUGGGGUGUGAAAGGCCCACACUGCCCAGACCAAGGGAAGAAGAUUCGCCUCACCCUCAGGGUUAUCAGUGAAGGAUCAAAGGGCACAAUUAUGGCUGAGAAACAGCAUAUAGAUUUGGGAGACAUCCUGAUUGGCAAUAUUAAGUCAGGUGACCUUGUACUGAUCAAUAAGGAACCAUGCUCUUUGAACUUUGAGCUGAACGUGAAGCAGAACAUCACUGGACUAUGUGACCCUGAUGAGGUUAUGAAAGAUUCGAUGGCUUUUAAACUGAAUUAUCACCAUGGCACAAUACCUGCAAAGUCAAAAGUUUGUUUCAGGUUCACCGUCCGGCCUGUUCGAAGGCUUCGUUACUCCUGGACAAUUAGUUCCAAGAUUCUCUCUGCUAAAGUGCUGGAGCCUGAUGAAAGUGAGGAGGGAAAGCCUUUGUGUUGCGUGACAGCAGACGGCGUCUAUCCAAUGAUAUUCAUCUCGGAUGCUCGUUGCCUCGGGAGCAUAAGUGGCAUCAGCAAGCAGCAGCUCUGGCGACUCUUCUCACUAGACACACUUAAUGAGUACCUGCAGCGUGAUCCCACAGAGGGCGAGCUGCUGUACCGGGUACCGACCAGACACAGCACAAAUCGAUGCCCCUCUGUGUCCACACCAGUGAUGGUGAACUUCAACUUUGGAGCAGCGCCCAUUUGCUCAGACCCAUCCAUUGUUCUGCUAAGGUUGGAGAACAAAGAGAUGACACCCGCCAGCUGGGCCUUCCUGUUUCCAAAGGACCAACAGCUCGACCUGGAGUACUGGACAGAGACCGGAGAAUUCGACCCCAUUGAACUGCACGAGAUGAGGAUCGACGAUAAUCGACUCUUCACUGUGGAACCAAAAUCUGGAUGCCUGCUUCCUGGACAGCGAGAAAUCAUUCAACUCACUUACAGGCAUGAAUAUACAGGCACUGAUCGGUUCCCUGUUCUGCUGAAACUUUCACACGGCCGUGAAAUUCUGUUAAAUUUCAUCGGUAUCACGGUGCCCAAAGAUCAUUGCUACAUUCACUUCCUUGUCACUCAUCAUCAGUUUGCACCUGUUUGUAUCAGCACUUCCAACCCACCCAAGCAGAUUUACGAGCUGUACAAUGGUGGCUCACUGCGAGUGAUAUAUGACAUCCAGAUGGAUUCUGUGAGAGAAGUUCAGGAGCAGAAUUACAACCAUCCCAUCUUUCAGUGCCUGAACCCACGUGGAGAGAUCAUGGCGGGGAUGACUGCUUACAUUGAGUGGAUUUUCUCGCCACUUGAGGCUCGAUCUUAUUUGGUGAACGUCCCCAUUCACAUCCUUGGUGGUGAUUCUGCCUUGGUGACCUUCACAGGUAUUGGGUACGACAAGCGGGUCCUAGGCAGCUGUGCCUCUUUCAAUGACCCAUCUUCAUACUUUGGAGCUCCGGCUGUUCAGCGAGCACCAGUCCUUGGGCAGCUAAUGUUUUUGUCGGAAGAGCGGAUUUCUUUUGGAAAUGUUCCCGUCUUCACAAAAUCAAGCCGCAUGAUCUUUCUGUACAACGUUUCUCAGACAGAAGUCAUUUCAUACAGCUGGCACUCAACAUCAGAACAUAUCAGUGAGGUAUUGAAUGUUACUCCUGUCUGUGGAGUACUUCAUCCUGGAGACAACAUACAUUGUAUUGUCACACUGAGUACACAUAAAAACCCUUGCUUCUAUGACUUGGAUCUAAUCUGUGAGGUUUAUUCCAAGCGACAGGUAACACAGUACCAGAAGGAACUCCAGGACUGGGAGAAAGAGAAGGACCGGCGGCAGGUCGAGUUCACUAUUACAGAACGGGGUCUGCAGGACAACCAGCAGCCGGCGCGCCAAAGACAGUGUUGCAGAUACUUACAAGAAAGUCACAGGAAGACACAAAAGAUCACAGGCCCGAAGAUUAUAAAGUACAAGACACUCCCGCCAAUCAAGGAACCGACGGAAACAUGGGAAGGUCAACAUGAUGGAAAAUCAGUUCCUGGAAUGUGGCUGAAACCGACGCCAGCUAAACCAUUCCUGCUGCACCUAGGAGUCACUGCCAGAUCCCACUCCAUGGAGGAAUUUCACAAGAACUUUCCAAAUGAGGUUCCUAAGCACUACAUUAUGAGAAACCUCAUUUCCGAACCACUCUCGCGACCUGGAUGCAGUGGGAAAAUUUGGGGCAAGUGGGAGAACAAUUCAGCUGAUCCCCUCUUGUCUGCCUCACAAGAAGACAUGAAGCUUGUAACUGACAUCCUCACAACAGUCCUCAGGUGUCUGCAGGAAGACAUUCACUUUCAACGUGUACUGGUUGAAGCAACUGCUGAACCCAUCCCUUAUUACAGGCAGUUCUGGAGUGAGGAAGGUGAGGAAUUGGCCAUGAAGGACAGUGAGCUUCCCAAUGUUAAGGACGCAGACUCUGAUCGGGGCCAGGAGUCAGACAAUAUCCAACCCAUGGAAACCAAAGGAGAGGUGCCCUCAAUUGUACCAGUGAUCACAGAUACUAGUCAGGGCCAGAAACCAGACAACACUCAACCAACAGAACUCGAAGAAUUGACCUUGACUGUAACAAUGAAUAGAGAGCCUGGUCCGGAUCAGGAAGUGGACAAUAACCAAUGGACAGAAGCUGAAGGAGAAGAGGCCUCGACUGGACCAGAGAGCUCAGAUGAUGGUCAGAUCCAGGAACUGGGAAAUUUCCAGCAGAUGGAAGCUGAAGAAGAGGUGGCUUCGAAUAUACAAAGGAGCCCAGAUGGUGAUCAGGGCCAGGAACCCGAUGAUGCCCAACCAAUAGAAGCCAAAGAAGAGGUGAAAUCAAUUGUAUCUGCGACCGUAGACAUUAAUCAGGGUUUGGACUUGGUCUGUACUGCCAUGGAGGAAGAUAGGCUGACCGAGGAAAUGCAAGCAUCACUAAGUGCCAUUCGCAUGGAAGAGCAGCUUGAGCGGAGGCGGCACCUGAAAACACACCCGGAGUUCUGCGACCUUUUGGAAUCGAUUCUGGAGAACACACUGCAGAACAUACUGAUAGAAGCCAGCAGGGGGGAGGUGGUUCUGACAGCUCGACCCAGAGUGAUCAGCCUGCCUCCUGUGACGUCCAGAAGUACUUUGGAGCCUCUAAACAUCCAAGACAUUUCAGUGAGUAAGGAAGAAUUGGACCAGAGCUUCCCAACAACAUCGGACCAGCUUGAUUGUAAGAGGCCAGCAUCAAUUGCAGCCAUGAAUGCGAUAGCUGGACCUCAUAAUGGGGUUCCAGGAAAGAUGAAUCAAAAGAACUCCUACAAAAUCCAUCUCCCACUGACCUCCAGUCAGAUCAGCAAACAGACUAUCUAACCUUUGAACUGAUGCCUUUCUAAUAGGGAAGCACUAAACCCUUGAUGAGAAGGUGUCUCUCGAGCACUGGUCAAAACCUUGGGUAAAGCAAGAGAGACGGUCUGAUCUGAAUCAGAGGGGGAGGGGGGAAAAUAAAAAGGACAACCUUGGAAUUUUAAAGAUUUUAGUGGAAUAAAUUAUUUUUGUUACGUAAUAGACUUAACAAAAACACUUACAGAGUUAAAAUGCAAACAAACAGCAAGAUUUGCUUGGCUACAGUGCUACACAUUUUGGGUUGAGUGGCACUAAAAGUAAA